CAUUAGCAAUGCGCACGCGCGGUUUACCGUCAUGGGUGUGGGGAACAACCCAGUAGGAGGAAGUAUCACCACUGCUCACCAUGCGCGUGCGCCAGGAGGAGCUUGCACUACCCUACAGUCUGGGUGCUGAAUUUACCACAGACUGCAGGGGUUAGCCCCUGACCUUCCAACACAAGUAAGCUUUUGUGAGAUGUUCUGUUGGAUCAAGACCAAGCAGACAGCUGCCAACUUGUCAACACUUGUAUCAGGCUACUGCCUUUGGCCAUCUCGCCUCAUCACUUCAUUCGGUAUUCGUAUCGUCGCUCAUGCUGUCAAACUUGUCAUUUGGAUCAAGUAAAUCGUCGCAGCUACGACCGUCAGGUCCCCCCGUGUCUCCCAACACCCUUCAUUUUGCGAUAUUCUCGAGCAUAGAUGACGAGCUGCGUGAUGUCGGACGUGUCCAUUCUCAAGGGCAAGAGGAGGACCUCAGACACGCCCUUGAACGUGUCAUCAAAAGGGUAGAAGAACUUUCUUCGCUCCUCAAAGUAGCAUACAAAACUCAGUCGAAUCUAGAGACGCAGCUUAACCUCGCGAAGUCAAACCUUCAGUUGGUAAUAUCCAACAAUGAGAUGUUAGAGGAAGCUUUGAGAAGGGAGACACCCUGUAGUGCGAGGGACGUUGGGUGGCGUCGAUGGAGCGCACGCGAGGUUCAGAAUCUGCAGAAGACGGUGGAAGACAGGCCAAAGAGUCUAGACUGCGGCGCAUUGAACGAAUCCGGAAAGCCUUCUGUACCAUCUAGUGCCACGACAUUGACUGCGAAUGGUGCCCAACAGCCAGAUGGUAUACCGGCCACCUCCGGAGUGCAGCCACGGACACCUAUGACGAGUCAGGAGAGCCGAUUCCUUAGAUUCAUGUUGGGUAGCGGUCUCAAAUCUCCUCCUGUUGCAUCGCAUCUCACCUCCCCCUCACUUCCGUCACUAGUAUCCGAUACAAAAGAAAGAGAAUUUCAGGAUUUGCAGUACAAGUAUGAAUGUGAACGCCAAGCCCAUCAAACCAUAGCCGCCGAGAAGGCUGCUUUGGAGGCAGAACUGGAAUCACUUUCACAAGCUCUGUUUGAGGAGAAGAGGAACUUCAAGAAGCAGUGCAGGGAAAAGGAUGCGUUGCGGGAGGCGCUUCGUGUCGUUGAAGGGGAGAAUGGGCAAUUGCCCCAGUCUCUUGAGGUACCUGAAAACCCAGUGGUUAAUCAACCACAUGCUCUUUCCGCCUUGGAACAUCGGCCUUAUGAGCCGUCUGUUGUCGCUUCCAAGAACACCUUGGGCGUCAAACCACCUUGCGAAUUUUCUGAUCUACCUGACCACCUGAAGGGCUUUACGCUUGAGCCUGCGCCGAAGCCCUCUGAAGUUGCCUUUCGAAGGACCCAAGUACUGGAAAAUCUGAAGGAGACCGGAAUCUCGGCGGCCUCUGAAGACGCUCCGUCUACCCCAUCUUCCAACAUGACUUUCCUCUCCGUUUUACCUGACGAACCAUCACCUUGGGCAGACAUGAGAACAUCGACAUGAAAAUAUUAAUGUAUGUACGUAGAUGAACAUGGCACGUGCUGUACUAGUAGUGCUACCGUAGAGUUACCUGCACAAUUAAUACCCGUC